UUCACCAGAAAAGGUUAAUUGUUAAUAGUGAUUACUUGAAAAGAAUAUAAAGAUAUUCUGGAUUUUUGUCAGACAAUAGGGCUCUUUCCCAUAAAGCUUCAUCUGAAAUAAUGAAGAUGGUCAAGCCUAUGUAUUUUGUUGUUUUCUUCAGCUGCAUUAAAUGUCAGACUCUUCAGAGAAGGUUACUAGAUGCAGCCAUGCAGCAUAAUGCUACCCAGAAUUAUCAUCAGGAGAACUUAAGAGACAUCACCAGCAUUAUGGUCGCUCAGUUUCUUCAGAAAGCAAUGUAUGAAGAAGUACAGACUGUAGCUAGAGAGUUGCUGGGUCUUGCAGAGAAGUGUAAGUCACAUGAGUCACUGUCCCCAUGUGCUCAUCAACUGAUGACUACUUUCCUAGAGUAUAUAUGUAACAACCCAGGAAUGCUUGUCAAACAUGGGUCUUCCCACUGUUGCAAUACAAGUAACACAGCAAGGCACAAGUGCUUCCUGUCCUAUAAAAAAUAUGAUGCUGAAUACAGUGAUAUAUUCCAAAUUCCAAAUGCGGAGUGUGUCUGUAAGAUGGACAAAGAGAAUCAUGUGUCAGUGAAGGACAGGUACAGUUUUGAAAUUUCUAGAACAUAUCCAUUCUUGUAUGGACCCACUCUCCUGACCAUGUCUGCUUGCUAUGAAACAGCUGUUCAGUCAUGUUGCCAAGAAGAAAAUAAGACCAAAUGCCUCCAGAUAAAGCUAGAACCCAUCAGAAAAUAUGUUAAAGAAAUGUCUUUGAGGCAUCAUUAUCUAUGUGAAAUCAAGGCGAAAUUCAACUACACAGUAGCAAAAGCAGUGGAAUUGGUUCUGCUGACUAAAAAACAACCUAAAGCUAACUUUUCUGAAAUUGCCAAACUCAACAUGGACGUCAAAAAUCUGCAUGAGAUCUGUUGUGAAGGAAAUACAGUAGCAUGCGCACUUGGCAGGACUCAGCUUAUGAACUAUAUGUGCUCUAAACAGACUAUCCUAUCCAGCAAGAUCACUCGGUGCUGUGAACAGCCAGUGCCAUUCCGAGGGAAAUGCAUCAUCAUCUCAGAAAAUGAUGACAAACCUGACCUUUUGCCCCUGCCACUCAGCAGGUUCACAGAAGACCAAUUUGUAUGCAAAGAAUUCACUGACAAGCAAGAGGACUUUCUACAAGAGUUUCUUUAUGAAUAUUCAAGAAGACAUCCAGAAUUGGCAGUUCCAGUGAUUUUAAGAGUGAAUAUAGUUUAUGAAAAUUUAUUGGGAAACUGUUGUAAAUUAGAAAACCCUCUGGAGUGUUAUAGCUAUGGGAAGGAAAUGUUCCAAAGAGUGGUACGUGAAAGCCGCGGCCGUGUAAAAAAUCACUGUGAUUUACUUAAGAAAUUAGGAGGGAGUAGCUUUCAUGACAGGCUCAUAGUCCUUUACACCAAGAAAGCUCCACAGCUGUCUGCUCAAGAGGUGGUUCUGUUCACUAAGAAGAUGGUGGGCUCCACCAGAAGCUGCCUGCUGAGCGGCGUGCAGCAGUUCCUCUGCAUUGAGGAUUCCGCAAAGCUAAUUCUUGGAGCAUUGUGCAGACGACAUGCGGCUGAGCCUAUCAACGCUGCAGUGGGUCACUGUUGUGAUGAUUCCUAUGCCUUCAGAAAGCCAUGCUUUGAUGAUCUGCAAAUUGACAGAACUUAUGUUGCUCCAUCUUUAUCUUGUCACCAAAUCAUCAGACUUAAAGAGGACUUGUGUGGAGCUCGGGAGGAGGAACUCCAAAUUGAAAAGCAAAAAACAGAAAGAAGCCACCAAGUCCAGCCCAUUUGCAAAAUGAGGAGGAUUCAGCUCUAUUUCUUGGAAAGAAAUGUAUCCAAGACUUUAUGGAUGUAUUUUAAAACUACCACAGACGUAGUGUUAAUGUCGCAUUUGAAUAGCUGAUUUGAACAUUUUCGCACCUCGUAGAACUCUACACUUUCAUGUACUUGCUUUUUUGUUGUUGCUAACCUUUAAAUGACAAUUUUUCUGUUUUCUGAUUUUAAAAAUAAUACAUUCACUUCAAAACUUUAAUAAAUAAAAAGUAGAUAAACAUGGAUCACCCUGAUUCUGCAAUCCCCACAUAACAUGUUGUUUUUGUUUGUGAACGUGUACACACACAAAUACUAAUAUGUACAUACACACAGAAACACAUAUAUCUUAAGGGAAAUAAAUAUUUUGGAAUGUGUACAUAUUCUUAUUUAGAUAUCGAAGAGAAUUUACUCUUAUAAUUAAAGUUUAUUUAGAAACAUAAUGGCUACAUAACAUUCUAUGGUAAAAUUUCUUUCCCUCUAAUCUUUUAAUUUUUUUUCUAUUUUUCAAACAUUUAAACCUUUUAC